GGUGUUAAGCCGGUGGCUGGCUAAGUGGUCCCUAGGACCGGCACAGAACACUGGUCAAACCGGCGGACAAGAGCUCUGUUGGCGGUACGGUCGCCGACCCUGCCGCAGAGGCGCGGCGGCCUUCCACGGAGCAGCACCGGCGGCGUCCCGUUCCGACAUCAGCCGGCGGCCAUGUUUGUCAGCAGGAGCGUCAUCCUCUGUGCCGUCAUGGUCAUAUGUGUACGUGGAACAGCAGUAAAUCCAGCUUUGAGCAGCAUGCCUAUUGCUGUACCGAGGAAUCCGCUGGAUGAAUUAAAGACCUUUCCACGCUUGUCUUCAUUCUUCUCCAGACUGGACCGUAUGGCAAAGGCAAACUGUUCGCAGCUGGCUGGAGAGGGUCGUGACCUCUCGGUGUCGGCUGGACCAGCGCCUCUGACCCCCUCCGAGGGUGACCCGACCGGGGUCAUGGCCGCCCCGCUGCCGCACCGCCCUCGCUCCGGGUGGCACUCGGCAAACGACGUCUGCACUGACCGCCUGCUGACGCUGAAAACCGAGGGCGAGCUCGCCAAGACGGCCGUCCUGCAGAGACUCUCCGAGCUUCAGCGUGCUAUAGGCCGUGUUGGAGACGAGCUGGGGGACCUCAGACCUGCCGUCGAGCAGCUGGCUCAGUCAAUCAUCACGGCAGUGGAGAACGGGAAGGAAGAUAUCCUGACAGAGCUUGGAUACCUGAGGUCGGACUACACUCAACUGGCCCGCACUCUGGAGCUCUUACAAAGCAGAACCGAUGACUCCCUGCGGGACAUCAGCUCUCGCUUGGACAUGCUCGCGAACGCGCCCCAGCCAAGACCAUCGUGUCCUGCCGGCUCUACGCAAAGACCGGAUGGACGCUGUUACACAUGUCCGGCACUUAGCGUCCUUCACACCGACGACAACUGCUACUUUGGCAGCGAUAGUCGCACUACGUAUGACAGAGCCAAGCAGCGCUGUAUGACUGCCGGUUUCAGUCACCUGGCUACAGUGACAGCAGAGAACCGAGGACUGGACUCAUCGCACUGCUGUUGGAGAAAAGCUUCAACAAUGGAUGGAUCGGUCUGAGUAGGGAGGGUGGCUCUUCUCAGUGGGUUUGGGAAGAUGGAUCUCCCUACGGAUAUAAUGAGUGGAAUGGCCAGGAACCUGGUCCGACGACUGAUAGACGAUGUGUUUUUGUUUUGGCGAGCGUAUCUGUUGACAGGUGGCUUGCCGUGCCCUGCACGUCCUCGCUGGCAUUUGUCUGUCAGGUUCCGGCUGUUGUGUCUAGCCCUGAGCCCUAACUACAUCGACGGUAUAGGUACUCGCUAAGGGUGGCUGAGAAGCUAUGAACUAAAAAGUGUCCAGACCAAAUGCACAUGAAUAGAAAGCUGUGUACAAAUAAGACCUUUGCCAAUAUAUAUUUUACUAUUAUUAUUGAGACGUCUGUAGCUAAAAGAGCGCGACGAUUUUAGCCUGCAUGCACGGACGAGAGGCCG